CAAGAAGCAGUGUCAGGAUGAUCGUCUUAUGGGUUACAUUGUUUUGUCUUCAUGAAGGAUAUUCUCUAGUUCCAGUUAAAACUGUUCAGCUUGGUGAACCAGCAACCUUGACAUGUGCUAUACCCAAUGAGCUAAGCAUUAGAGGAGUCAACUGGUACAAGCAGAGUGUCGGGGAUACUCUUAAAUUAAUAGUUACACUGUAUAAAUCUACAGCUGAUUAUGGUCCUGGAUUUUCGAGCUUAAGAUUUGGAGUAUACGAUGGUAAGAAUUUUACCAGCUUGACCAUUUUAAAGACAGUUCAAGAGGAUGAGGGACUCUAUCACUGUGCAAACACAGAAUGGAUUGGAACUACAUGGAGUGGGACGUAUUUGUUAGUAAAAGGAAACACUCAGAGGACAUCAAACUAUGCAGUUAGUAAGUUGCUGAUAGAAUCAAAUCCAGUCCGUCCAGGAGACACAAUGACGCUCCAGUGUUCAGUCUUCUCUGACCCACUCAACAAGACAUGUCAAGAAGAUCUCAAUAUUCUCUGGUUCAGAGGUGGAUCAAAUAAAUCUCAACCAAACAUCAUCUACACUGACAGAAACAGAAGUAAUGAAUGUGAGAAAAGAUCUGACAAUCAGAAGACAUGUGUUUAUCGCUUCUCUAAGAAUGUCAGCUCCUCCGAUGCUGGGACUUACUACUGUGCUGUGGCCACAUGUGGGGAGAUAUUAUUUGGAAAUGGAGCUAAACUGGAUAUUCAAGUGUCACCUACACAUUCAGCAUUUAUUCAGCUGACAAUAUUAAUAGUAUUUUUGGCAAUUUCUGUCAUUGGAAACGUGUUCCUCAUCUGCAACCGAAGAGUAUGUACAAAACAUCAAAGAAAAGAAAGUGCUAUAGCAUAUGCACAAACUGACACCUCAUGCCAACCAACUGUCGUUGAUGAAGAACUAAACUACGCUGCACUGAAUUUCUCUGAAAGAAAAACAAGAGGAAGAAGGAAGAGAGAGUGUGCUGAAGACAGUGUCUACUCUCAUGUUAAAUGCUGAUGUUAAUAACAAUGUUUAGCAUCUCCUGAAAUUAAAAUUGAUACUGACAUCUUGUUUUUGUUUGGUUUUUAAUUAAUAUUUAAAAGUUGACAGAUAAUUUUCAAUCUUGCUGAAAAUACUUGGACUGCCAAAACCUUAAACUUAGUUGUGUUGCAUUUCUGUCAUUCUUGAGUUUUAAUUGUAUGAACUGCUUUGUAGUCAUGC